AUGGCCACCUUCACCUCUCCUCCACCGCUCCUCUCCACCGCCGGAACCACCGACCCGGCUAUUUCUCAACUUUACAACAAUGGCGGUGCUGCGUCCAAUGAUUACAUAUCACAGCAACAACAGGCACACUCCGCUUCUGUAUCCACGUCAUCUACAUCUUCGUCAAUAAUCAUUGUGAUAAUUGUCAUUGCUUCCGCCAUCAUCAUCUCCGCCUCUAUUUAUCUUCUCCUUCGCUUUAUCUCACGCCGCUGCAGCAGUUCGGUGAGCUCGUUUUCCACUUCAGAGAAUGUUGUUUCUGAUAAUAGGAAUGAAAAUGAAGCUCAUCAUCACGUGAUCUGUUUUGAUAACGAAGGAGUCGAGUCGCUUCCGCUAUUUACCUUUUCUUCGCUUACUGGAAAUAUCGCCGGCGGAGAUUGUGCUGUUUGUUUGUCGAAAUUUGAGGCGGUUGAUCAGCUUCGCCUUCUUCCAUUGUGUUGUCACGCUUUUCACGUGGAAUGUAUUGAUGCUUGGCUCAAAUCGAACCAAACAUGUCCGCUUUGCCGGUCUACGGUUAAUCCAACCGAAGCUGAUGUACUGAGCAAGGUACUCUCCGUUUCCGGUAGAACCGGUGCUCCCGGCGGCGGAGGAAAUAGAAACAAUAGUUUUCGAAUUGAGAUCGGGAGUAUUAGCCGUCGACAAACGCCGUCUGAUUCCGGCCGGAGGUCAUACUCAAUCGGCUCUUACGAGUACAUUCUCGACGACGGAUAUGAGGUUCCCGUAGAAUCAACACACCGAAGAGAGAUUUCCGAUUGUACCUCCGUCGAUAAGGACUCCACUACACCGGAGCCGCCAGGAGAUAACUUAAUGGCGGAGAUGACCGCUAUCGGCGGAAGUGGACGGCUCAAUUGGUUGCGUGAUUACGUCGAUCGAGUCUCCGUUUCCAUCUCUUCUCGAUCUCACUCGUUUCGUGGCUCCGGCAGGUUUUUCACCGGAAGCAGUCGACGGAGCGAAGUGGUCGACGACUUCGAUGCUACGCAUAGCAGGGUCGGCGAAGAAAUCAGCGAGCUUUUCCGGUGGCUUUCAGGGGUAUAA